CACAGGAAGAUCACACCAUCCCUCACCAUCAUCAGACUGAAAACCUUGGAGAUUUUAAAGUUGUUAUUAAAGAAGAAAUAAAAGAGGAGGAGGAGGAUUGGGUAAUCGAGAUGAUUGGGUUGGAGUCACUAAAAGGACACAAUGAUCUCUACAAGGACAUUAUAAAGAAGUCGCCUAAUAACAGAAAAGGUCACACCAUCCCUCACCAUCAUCAGGGUGAAGAUCUGAUGAACAUAAUCGUUGAAAGUGAUGUAGAAGAGACGUAUGUGAGGGAUGAUCAGCAAUAUAUGGAGGAGGUUGGAAAGAUGAGGACAUUCAAAAAAGAGGAGGACACUACAGAGAUCAGCACAGGACACGCCAUCAAGGAACCUUUACAUGAUCGUCUCACUUUAUGUUGUAAAAUGGAAGAUGAGGACAUCACAAGAGAUUGUGUAGGAGAAAAUACAAUGAGCUCAGCUAUGGAUGGAGGACUUCACAGUGUGGAUAGACCAUUGGAUCCCUCUGACUCUGAGCAACCUCCAACUGUGAGGGAUGGUGCCGGAAUUCAGGGGGACGAGAAAUUUUCCUGUCCUGAUUGUGGGGAAAGUUUUAGCUCUGAAUUAAGUCUUACUGUACAUCAGAAAUCUCACACAGGUGAGACUCUUCAUCCCUGUUCUGAUUGCGGGAAAUGUUUCCUACUUAAUUCAGACCUCGUGAUACAUUGUGGAGCUCACACGGGCAAGAAGCCAAUUUCCUGCCUUGACUGUGGGAAAUGUUUUACAAAGAAAUCAACUCUUGUUAAACAUCAGGGACUACACACGGGGGAGAAGCCGUAUGCCUGCCCUGAGUGUGGAAAAUGUUUUUCACAUAAAGCAAACCUUGUUAGGCACCACAGAUUGCAUACGGGAGAGAUGCUUCAUCCCUGCCCUGAAUGUGGGAAAGGUUUUUCAGAUAAAUCAGACCUUGUUAGACAUCGGAGGUCUCACACGGGGGAGAAGCCGUAUUCUUGCCCCGAUUGCGGAAAAUGUUUUUCAGAUAAAUCAUACCGUGUUAGACAUCAGAGAUCUCACACAGGUGAGAAGCCGUAUUCCUGCCCAGAGUGUGGCAAAUGUUAUUCACGAAAAGCAGACCUUAUUAUACAUCAGAGAUCUCACACAGGGGAAAAGCCGUACUCCUGCCCUGAGUGUGGGAAAUGUUUUGUACGGAAAGCAAACCUUAAUAUACACAGGAAAUCUCACAUGUAAAGCCUCGUACACACAAUCUGACUUUUCCGUGGAUUUUGGUCCGAAGGGCGUUGGCCGUGAACUU